AUGUCCAAUGAGCUCACUGGUCUGAUGCAGCAUGGCACGUGGAAAUUGGUUCCACCCCCUAACCACUGUAAACCAGUGGGUUACAAAUGGGUGUUUCGGGUUAAGAGAAAGGUUGAUGGGUCUGUUGAUCGUUUCAAAGCAAGGCUUGUUGCCAAAGGGUACAAUCAACAUCCUGGGUUGGAUUACAAGGAAAGCUCCAGCCCUGUUGUGAAACUUGCUACUAUUAGGACUGUUUUGACUAUUGUUGUGAUACAGGGGUGGAUUUUGAGACAACUGGAUGUCAACAAUGCAUUUUUGCAUAGUUGA